AUGGGGCUGUUCGGCGGCUGCAUCUUGGUAUCGGCGCUGUUCAAUCUUUUACUUCCGGUGUGCAUCGAGAACAACCAGUACACGCUCACGUGCAUUAUACGCACGUGCCAGGGACUGGCAGAGGGGUUCCUGAUACCGUCGUUAUACGGCGUGCUGCGUCAUUGGACUGUACCGUCUGAGAGGAACAGACAGGUGACCGCCGUGCUCUCGUGCGGACUAUGCAUCAUGUGGUGGUUGCUAUGGGCUUUUCUCGCUUAUGAAAAACCCUCCAACCACGCCCACAUCAGCGACGUGGAGUUUGAAUUCAUGACGCAUGCGCAGGGUGCUGACGUCAAUGAUUAUGAGGUAGGUGCACUGGCAAGCCUGCCUUACGCGGGAGAUAUCGUGAUGUUCGUCGUGAGUGGCAUCUUGGCUGACUUUUUUCUCAACCAAAGGUAUCUCACCACCACAGUCGUCAGGAAAAUAUCCAUCGGCGUCGGUUUCCUGGUACUGACCACUCUGUCCGGUGGCUUAGCCGUUGUCAUAGUCCUCAGUAUGUCUAUCGGCGCGUUUGGUCUAGCCGGUUCAGGUGUGUCAGUGAAUCACUACGACCUGUCAAUCCGUUAUGCCAGCGUUCUUGUUGCGGUGACCGGGACCUAUGGAUCCAUCGGAGCCAUCCUUGCUCCCAUAGCAACCGGCAUCCUGACUGUUAAACAGGACCUUGCUGGUUGGGACCACGUGUUCUACCUCACUGCAGGAAUCAUACUGCUGGCAACCAUCUUCUAUCUAAUCUUUGGCUCCGGCGAAAGCCAGGUGUGGUCCAACCCUCUAUCAAACUUCUGCCUCGUUGAAAAAAUUGACCCUUUGGCCAAGAAAUCGUACAAUGCAAUCAAAAUUCAAAACAGUCCGCCAUGUACCAAUGUGGAUGGGCCAGUAGGCAAACACAGUGCAAUUAUGGCGAAUCAAUCUAAUGCAAUUUUACCAUCAGUUGCAAACGGUGAUGGUGUACGCUGUGAAAAGGCGGACGGAGAAGAGAAUGAUUAA